UGUACACUAGCCCUCAGUGAAAGCAUGACAUCAUCAAUCUGGGCGUGACAGGAAAACGAAACCCGGAAGCGGUCCCCUGCAAAGGUUAUCCGAACACAAUUCUGGAAUUUCUGCUCCUGAAACUGUUACCAUCUCUCCUUGUGGUCCUACGUGCCCCCAGUCCGCCAUGUCUCGUGCCAGGCAACCACCUCUGGUCACGGGCAUCUCCCCCAACGAGGGCACGCCCUGGACCAAGGUUACCAUCCGUGGCGAGAACCUGGGAACCGGACCUGCUGACCUCAUUGGCCUGUCGAUCUGCGGUCACAACUGCCUGCUGACGGCCGAGUGGAUGUCGGCCAGCAAGAUCGUGUGCCGCGUCGGCCCCGCCAAGGACGACAAGGGGGAGAUCAUCGUCACCACCAAGUCCGGCGGCGACGGCACCUCCACCGUCUCCUUCAAGCUCCUCAAGGCGGAGAAGAUCGGUAUCCUGGACCAGUCCGCCGUGUGGGUGGACGAGAUGAACUACUACGACAUGAGAACCGACCGCAACAAAGGCAUCUCCCCUCUCUCCCUGCGACCCAGCAACCCCCUGGGGAUUGACGUAGACAAGGGUAAGGUCUCUCAGAAGGAUCUGGAGGGCAUGUUCCCAGCCGUGAGCGGAGACUUCACCAGGGAGAACUUCUCGGCCACCUGGUACCUCAUAGAGAACCACUCUGGAACCAGUUUUGAUCAGUUGCGUGUGGCAGCCAGUAACCUGAAGAAGCAGGCCACCAAGAAGAACGAGGGCAGUCUUCCCUACGUAAAGAGCGGCCUCAGCACCUUCUUCGAGGCCCAGGACGCCCUGGCAGCGAUCCACCAGAGGCUGGAGUCGGACGGUACAGAGAGGGUGGAGGGAUCCAUGACCAAGCGCCUUGAGAACACCCUCAACAGGGCGAGCGACACUGCCGACACCCUGUUCCAGGAGGUCUUGGGGCGCAAGGACAAGGCCGACUCGACGCGCAACGCCCUCAACGUGCUGCAGCGCUUCAAGUUCCUCUUCAACCUGCCGCUCAACAUCGAGCGCAACAUCCAGAAGGGCGACUAUGACGUGGUGAUCAACGACUACGAGAAAGCCAAGUCCCUGUUCGGGAACACCGAAGUCCCAGUCUUCAAGAAAGUGUACGCGGAGGUGGAGACGAGGAUAGGGGCCCUCAGGAGUCUGCUCCUGGACAAGCUGCUGGAGACCCCCUCGACGCUGCACGACCAGAAGAGAUACAUCAGGUACCUGUCAGACCUGCAUGCUUCAGGGGACCCAGCCUGGCAGUGCAUCUGGGCCCAGCACAAGUGGAUAUUGCAGCUGAUGCAGAACUGCAAAGACGAGUUCAUCAACGAGAAGCGAGUGGGGGCAGGGUCUACAGGAGCGGACCCAGAGGGGGAGGCCCGGCCCCUGGCCCUCAGCAGGCUCAGCCACACGGCGUCUCUGAAGCGCGGGGGCAGCAUGCACACGCCGCGGCCCAGCGCCAUGCGCUACGAGACCCCCCAGCAGGUGCAGUUUGUGGACAAGCUGUCGGACGUGGUGAUUGGUCAGCUGCCCAACUUCUGGAAGCUGUGGAUCUCCUACGUCAACGGGAGUCUCUUCAGCGAGACCGGCGAGAAGUCGGGCCAGGUGGAGCGAUCGAAGAAGAACGCCAGGCAGAAGCAGAGCGACUUCAAAAAAAUGAUCGAGGAGGUGACCCACAGGCUGGUGAAGCUGGUCCGAGGCGCCCUCCUGCCGGCCACCCUGUCCGAGCUGGACCUCAAGCUGUACGGCGGCUGGGGGAAUAAGACGGAGCUCAGCGGGCCCUGGCUCACCCAGGUCAUACACACCGUCAGGAUAAGCCACGAGGCGCUCUCUGCUCUCGAGAUCCCCAACGACCUGCUGCAGGUGAUCCAGGACAUCCUGCUGGACCUGCGCGUGCACUGCCUCCUGGUCACUCUGCACCAGGCCGGAGAAGAUGUCAGAAGGCUAGCCGAGAAGGAAAACUGGGUCGUGGACAACGAAGGAAUCACCAGCCUCCCGGCGCAGUUUGAACAGUGCAUGGUCCAGAUGCUGCAGUCCCUCCGGGAGCCCAUGGAGACCAGGCCGGGAGAGAUCAACGUGCUUCAGCUGGAGCAGGCUCAGGACCAGACGACAGAGCUCUGCGUGAGCAUCAUGAAGGUGUUCAUCAGCUGCGUGGAAGAGCUGAGCACCAAGACCGACGCGGACAUGGACACAGCCCAUAUGGCGGUGGACCUGGCCUCCCCCGACCUAUUUGGUGGCGUUCAGGAGGACUUCCACCCCUCACAGGAGCAGCGUUUACUGAUCAUCCUCAGUAACUGCCAGUACCUGGAGAAGCACACCUUCCUCAACUUGGCGGAACACUUUGAGAAGCACGGCUUCACCGGGACAGACAAGAUCACGCGGGUGAGCGUGAACGGCGUGCGAGAGCUGGACUCGCGGCUCUUCGAGGCGUACAUCGAGCGCAAGGCCGACCCCAUCGUGGGGUCCCUGGAGCCGGGCAUCUAUGCCGGGUACUUCGACUGGAGGGACUGCCUUCCACCCACAGGUGUGAGGAACUAUCUGAAGGAGGCGUUGGUGAACAUCAUCACCGUCCACGCCGAGGUGUUCACAGUGUCUAAGGAGCUCGUUCCUCGGGCCCUGUCCCACCUCGUCGAGGCAGUGGCUGAGGAGAUGAGUCGGCUUAUGCAGUGCGUGUCAUCCUUCAGCAAGAAUGGGGCGUUGCAGGCCCGUCUGGAACUGUGUGCCCUGAGAGAUGCCGUCGGCUCCUACCUGACUUCUGAGAGCAAUGCGAGCUUCAAGCAGGCUGUGGAGGCUCUCCCGCAGCUCCAGAGCGGCGCGGAUAAGAAGUUGCUGGAGGAGCUUCUGAACAAGUUCAAGAGCAGCAUGCACCUGCAGCUCACCUGCUUCCACCCAUCGUGCGUCCAGCCCGUCAAGAGAUGAGCCCCCCCCGGUCCCGUCCACUCCACGCGGGCCUCACGGUCGCUUCCCCCCCCCCGUCCACUCGCCGUCUGUGCGAUAUCUUAUCAACUUGUCCAUCUCAAUCUGAAGCGGUGUACUGGAUGUGUUCUGUUUUAGUCACUACUCUGUAUUAAGAGUUGGUUGCGGUUUUAUUCCGGGUAUGACGCCGCACAUCCUAAUGCCACUUGGUCGUGUGUCAGUGUUCGAGUUUGGGGGAUUUUACAAAUGAUUUCGCUGAAUUACAUUGUUCUUUUUUUUUGGGCUUGUUUUUGCUUGUUUUGUUAUUCUGACCUCCAAAUAAAAGAGCCAUUCGCACAUUUAGGGA